AUGGCUUCGCUUUCCCCCAGCUGCCCUCCCCUGGUGGGCAACUCGGACCUCUACGGCCUCGGCGUCCGCAUCGGCCUCUACUCCCAGUGGAUCGCCACGCUGCUCACCACGGUCCUGGACUCGGCCGACGAAGGCGACCUGCGGCUGCUCAACCUCAUCGUCCAGACGGCCAUAUUCCUCGGCCUCUGCACCGAGUCGAGCCGGCGCGCCAGCGCCGUCGGCGCCCUCAUCACCCAGAUCCUCCUCUGCGGCUCCCUCUCCAGCGUCACCGGCGACGGCAUCACCUACUUCGGCCACGCAUCGGGCUUCCUGCGCGUCCUCUUCUACACGGCCCUGUCCGCCUACGGCAUCUGGUUCUGGUUCGCCGGCCUGCCGCUCAUGCUGCGCCCGGGCUGCGACGACGUCGCCGUCGCCUUCUUCGGCCCCACGACAAUCACCGGCUGGUUCAGGUCCCUCGGAAAGGCACUCUCCGUCGCCGGCCUCGUCGUCUGCGUCGCCCUCGUCGCCUUUAGCGUCCAUUCCAGCCUGCGCCGCUUCCGCCGCGGCCUGCGCGCCGGCUUUGCUCGCCCCUCGGGCCGCCGGCCCCAGGUCGAGAUUGUCCUCAUGCUCCUGUCCAUGGGCCUGCUCGGCCUCUCCAUCGCCACCGUCGAGUACCUCAUUCGCGCCAACGCCAUCCAGGGCGUCGGCGUCGACCAGAUCGGCUCCGUUGCGCAGCUGAUACCCCUCCUCGCCGGUGUCUUGGCCUGCUUUCUGUCCCUCUGGAGAGUCUUGACUCACGGUCUGCUGUUUAGGACGCGGUGUUGGUUCUUUCUGGGGUGGCAUUUGCGAUGA